AUGUCGCGUAUUUACAGGAAGUACAUCAAGCUUCUAGAGAAAUGGCCUACGGACUCUACUAAAUCAGGAAGAGAUCUUGGUACGCAUUUACGUGAGGAAGUCAAAAAAGUGUUCGGUUCAGGCGUCAGUUUUACAGGUAAUGAGCAGCAGUGUGAAGAAAAUUACGCUAGUUUGAAGAGGAUCGUUGAUAAUCAUUAUUUUGAGAAGUACCCUCGCACCUACAAAUCUAGUGCUUCAGGUCUGAGCGCUGAAGACUGCAAGGCAGCCAUAAGUGACGACUUCUUGGAAUACCUUGAACACGAGGCAAAACCAACCUGGAAGCUCUGGCUAGAAAAUUUAAGAAAUAAAAACGUCUCGAGUCCUGCAAGUCAACCUCCCAUAAAUCCUUAG